AUGAACUUCGUAUGUCAGCAGUGUAAACAGCCAUUGCAACUGGAUGCCUCGUUGGUGGAUCUAGCGCCGUCUGCAUAUGACAUUGUCGCGUCGUCGCUACCCCCUUCACCCUCCACACACGGCCGGCAAACGUCAGGCGCAGAGAAGCUUGCCCAACUUCCUCUCCAUCGUCGGCUAAAGCGGCAUGGAGAAGCUCGAUGCAGAAUAGCCCCUCCUCCCCCUCCGGAUCUGCAUUCAACUCUCCAACCUGCCUCUCCCAGCAACCAGCGGAAGCCCCCACGCGUGCCCGCACAUCCCAACGAGUCGUUCGUUCUCCUGCAGGACUCCGUGAUCCGCACUAUCCCCGCGACGCUCCCCUCGCCCACACACAGCAAGAAGCCGUCGACGGCGAAGGCUCGAGCCCCAGCGCCCGCGCCGGCCCCUGCACCAUUUGCAGAGGAGGUCGGGCAUCCGAACCCAUCUCCGCUGUCACACCACCUGCGCUCAUCGCUGCGGCUGUUCAACCUCCUCUCCAGCCGGACGGACCUCGACCAUCCGCUCUGCGCGGAGUGCACACACAUCCUCCUCGGAACGCUCACGCGCCAGCUCGAGGAGACGAAGAAGGAGCGCGAUGGGUACAUUGCGUUCGAGAAGGAGGUCCGCAAGGAGCGCGAGCGCGAGGGAGGUCCGCAGGCGAAGGCGGAAGCGGAGUCGAAGAUCGAGCGGCUCAAGGAAGAGGAGCGACUUGCGGUGGAGCAGCUCAAGGCGGCAGAGCGCGAGCGCCAACAGCUCGAGGAGGAGUUGAAGGGUCUCGAGCGCGAGGAGGAAACGCUUGAGGAGGAGGAGGCUGAGUUCUGGCGCCAGCACAACGCACAGCUGCUCAAGUCGGCCGAGCAAGCGGCCACGCUGGCGUCUCUCCGGGCAGCUUACGCAGCAGACUCGGCGGUUCUCGAGAAGCUUGAGCGUACCAACGUAUACAACGACGCGUUCUGCAUCGGGCAUGACGGCGUGUUUGGAACUAUAAACGGGCUUCGCCUUGGCCGUGUUUCAGGAGUCAUGGUCGAGUGGGCCGAGAUAAACGCGGCUUGGGGACAGACGCUGCUUCUGCUCUACACGAUGGCGCGCAAGCUCGACUUUACCUUCGAGAACUAUCGUCUGGUACCGAUGGGGUCUUUUUCGCGGAUCGAGCGCACCACGGGUGACAAGGCGACGUAUGAGCUCUACGGCUCCGGCGAUCUGCACUUCGGACGACUCCUCCACAACCGGCGCUUCGACUUUGCGAUGGUGGCAUUCCUCGACUGCCUCAAGCAACUCAUGGACUAUGUGAAGUCACAGGACCCGCAGGUCGACUUCCCGCACCAGAUCGUGAAGGACAAGAUCGGCGAGGCGUCGGUCAAGCAGCAGUUCAGCCAGGAGGAGGCGUGGACGCGAGCGCUGCGGCACGUCCUGCUGGCGCUGAAGAUUCUCCUGAAGUGGACGACGAACGGGAGCAAUGGCUGA